AUGUGUUCUCUUCUCAAACUCACCAUGCUGCUGUUCUGCGUUCAAGUCGGAGAGGGACACUGGCUGCACACGCUACUAGUGUCAGACGUCCAAGAACAAAGCGGUUCCUCGGAAUCGGGCCUCCCAGAUGAGACGAGGAGAGAAGGAAGAGAAGAAGACCGAGAGGAGAGGGAGGGCUCGGGGAGACGCUGGGGAGGAAGCGUGCUGCGUUCACGCCGCAGCGCAGAGGACCCGUGUGGACUGCAUUCGAUUCUGCUGCAGGUGCGAGACCUUGGCCUUGGCUAUGACUCGGACGAAAUGGUGCUGUUUAAGUACUGCAGUGGUGCGUGCCCGCGUGUGCCCUCGAACCACGAGCUCACCCUCACCAAUCUGCGCUUGAGCGGCGCCCUGCCCCCCACCGAGACCUGGCACUACACGCCGUGCUGCCGCCCGACGCGCCACGAGGACAUGGCCUUCCUCGACAACGCCCACCGCUGGCACAAAGUCGAGAAGCUCUCCGCCGCUGCCUGCUCCUGCGUCGGCUGA